CUAACAACAGCAACCAAAUGUUUGGCUGUUUUAUUGAAGCGACUCAAGCACGCUCUAAUAACCUCUAAGGUUGAUACGAGUACAUACAACUUUAUAAAUGUGACAGUUCGCAAAAAAGGCUGAUUAAGAGACGCACAGAAAAAAAUAAGAAGAUGGAAUGGAUAUAUUUGGUGCUAGGGAUAGCGGCGCUGAUUUCGUGUGGUUGGCAGCCAAGUUUGGCGGACUCAAUCUCUGAUGAGAUUGCUGACAAUACAGUUCAGUUGAAAUUCUACUAUGUGUCUUCAUCUCAGUGGAAAAAGACUGCUGAGUUUCAACAGGUGCUCUCCACACAAGCUACAGAAUAUUGUAAACAGAACACAGCACAGUGUGGCCUUCAACAGCAUAUCAAGUUCCUACCUGACAAUGUGAACAUAUCGGGUGGAUAUCCCAAAGAUGACAAGUCCAACCUGAUCCUACAGUUUUGUAUCCUGUACCCAGCAGGGGCACCCGUCUUCAACGGUUCGACCACAAAAAUGGUGCUUCCAAAAGCGGUUACUUAUGCUGUGGCUGGGAGCACAGAAACUAGGGAAAGUCUUCACAGCAAAACUACUUAUUCCUUAAUUGAAAUAUCGUAUGGGAGCGAGGUGAAGAAAUACCAGCCAUACCCUAAUACUCAGAUGAACUUGAUCAUGUCCAUAGUAGGAUUCCUGGUGUUAAUUAUCGUGAUUGCCACUGCUGUGGGCUGUCACUUGUACAGGAAAAACCAAAAAAGAAAGGAGCGCAUAGCCAAGCUAUCAAAGAACCUGAAGAACAAGCAGUACUCCAACCAGACGUAUGAAAAUAAAGUCAGCCCGCUGGAUGACAUGGAGAUGGGGAACAUCCCUUGGGAGCACAACAGGUCAAGGGAUAACUUAAGGGAUGGUGACGGCAAAGUGAAAAAGACCAAGAAAUCAAGGUCCACGAAAGCGGAUGAGGGAAAACCCAACAACGCCCUCCCUCCUCUAGAGACGGAACUAACAGAGAAGAAGAAAAAGAAAAAGAAGAAAAAGGGAGAGAAGGAGAGAAGAAAGGAAAAAGACAAGUUGGUAAAAGAAGGCAAAAAAGCACACAGGAGUAAGCAGGCCGAGGGCCGUGACAACGACACGUUUGAUUACAACGAGACGUUGAACUCCACGGGCACUUUCCCCGACCUGAACAAAACGACGGAGAGCGGGAACUCUUUCGACUUGAACGCGACCACAAAAAAUGGCCAUCCUGAAUUUAACAGUACUGCAGAAAUCUCUGCCUCCGCUGACGCGACUUUAAGCGCAGGUUAUGAAAGUGCUGGCGCAGUGCAUGGCGCAGUGCAUGGCGCAGUGUAUGGCGACUCUACAGAGCAGCCUGAGAAACCAAGUAGUGUGACGUCCGAGAAAUGUGAAUUUAGCGGAACUGGGACCACGACAACGUACAUGUCGGAUGACGAGAGGGUCAAAUCCAGUGCGGAGAAUAUCACCAAAGGCGCACCAGAGACUCAAACUACAGAACUGUGAUAAGACGUGUGAGCUAAUAUGGAGAGAAACAAACUGAGUGUCCUCUUAACAGAUAAUCCGCCCUCCACUGGAUUCGUACAGGUCAGGGUUGGCGUGAUGUAAGUGGGUCAAAAUAUCAGCCCAAGUCAUUGGACCCUGGAAACUCUCGUGAACAUGACAGCAUGCCUUCUUGGUUAAUGCAACUUUUCACUUAAAGGGAUAAUAACUCUUCGUAUGAAAUCUAUAUUUCACAAUAAAAAC